AUGUGGACUGUCUCUGCAGUGACAGCUUUGCUGUUGGCUUCAACUGUUCAGACUGCAUCUCUGUUCCGUUCAUCCCGUGAUAGCAACCAUCAUGUCAACCGUGCUGUCAAGCAAGAGGUCUCCGACAAAUGCAAGUUUUCAGUCAAGACCAAUACUUGGUCAACUUGUGGGAAACUAAUUGAUCACUACAAUGUCACGCUGCCGGAUUUCUACUACAUGAACCCGGAUGUCGAGGCAGAUUGCUCUCAAUUCCACCCUGGCAAAACGUACUGCUUGCGCUUCAUGUCCAGCUAUCCCAUCUCAAAGGACGGAAAGUGCGGCCGUGGCAUGAAUGUUACCUGCGUGCAAUCCAAAUUUGGCGAUUGUUGUGGACGAGAUGGCAAAUGUGGUUCUGAUGAUGCUCUUUUAGCAAACACUGCGCUAUCGGGUAUUGCCAGGGUGGAUAUUGUCCAGGCCUGGGAUACAGCACGGAUGGCAAAUGUGGAAAACAAAAUCUUGGCCUUUAUUGUGGUGGAGAGUUUGGAGACUGCUGUUCUAAUGAUGGGAAGUGUGGAAGCACAAACGCCGAGUGCGGUGCUGGAAACUGCCAGUCAGGCAAAUGCCAGGGAAAGUCGACUUCUUCAAGUACCGGAUCAUCGGUUCCUACCACUUCCAGUACACCAUCACCUCGACCCAGUCCUUACAGUCCGAGUCCCGAUGGCACCUGUGGUUAUCAGAACAAGUACGUCUGUAAUGGAACCGAUAUCUAUUACGGAUAUUGUUGCUCCGCCGCCGGGUAUUGCGGCACAGAUCAAUGGCACUGCGACAAUCUACAGGGAUGGUCCACGGCAAACAUCCAAGGAUAGCAACGGGAAUGAUAUCUGGGUUGCGCAAGGGACCAAGAGUACACAGGCUUUUACAUAUAAGGUCCAGGACCUUGGUAAAGAUCGUCCAACUCUCAAAUACAACUGCGCUCAAGCUCCCGGUAUCUGCCAGACAGUCAAGGCAUAUUGGAAGAAUGGACAGACCUCGGGCACAUUUCACAAUGACAAGGAUUAUCGACUUGGAUCGAAAAGGAACAAGAAAGGAGUUCGGAAGUCGAAGCGUCGCGAAGAAAACUGUCCUACUGGUGAUAAGGGCUGGAAAUCUACACACACUUGCCCUGAGCCCAAUCAACCCAAGUUCCAAGGCGAGGGGAGGAGCGGUUGGAUGAAAGCGGAACUAUACAAGGGACCUUGGGGGGAUGGCAAUGAGGUGAAAUACCAACUUGCUGAAAAAUCAGGCCAAGUCAAGCGCAUGCCUGAUGGUACUACCAGAGAGCGAUGGGUGCAGCUAGGCGUUUCUCUAACUUGUGACGAGUGGCCAGCUGCUAGUUGGAUUGAGGGCGGAGAAGGUGGUGUAACAAGCUGUGUUCCUCAACAACAGUCCUGUCAAACCGCUGGAAACCCGAAGGUUCCUGGCUUUGCAACUGAGCAGAACUGGCAGGGAUUCUCUCAUAAUGCUCUCGCAACUUGGUUCAAUGCUAAGACUCCUAAGGCCAACCAGAAUGGACAUGAAGUUGACUGGACAAUUUUCAAAUUUGAUUUUGAGAUAGUGGAUGAUGCAAAAAUUGACUACGCCGCUUGGGUUGAGGUAGGAGAGGUUUCAGCUUUGGCCCAGAUUGUUGAAGCUCAAUCUCCUCACAGCCUUCAUGCUCGGGCAGAGUGUAAGACCAUCGAAGCUCAGUUAGGGAACGGCUGCCCGGAGUUGGCCGAUCGAUGCAAAAUAUCGGGGGCAGACCUCGAAAAAUAUAACCCUGCCAAAGACUUCUGCGGUACCAUUAAGGAGGGCCAGAUUAUUUGUUGCACCGCUGGCGAUUUGCCGGAUCUCACGCCUAAGCCCGGCGAGGAUGGCAGCUGCUAUGCCUACACCACAAAAAAGGAUGACAACUGUGCAGCAAUCGCCGCGAAGAACCAAAUCACAAAGAAAGAUAUCGAAAGUUUCAACAAACAUACCUGGGGCUGGUCAGGGUGUGAUAGUCUCAAGAAGAAGCAGAGGAUUUGUCUUAGCAAAGGCGACCCUCCAAUGCCUGCCGCCCUAGACAAUGCCAUUUGUGGGCCCCAGGUCAAUGGUACAAAGAGACCUACCAACGGUACGGACAUUGCUGAUUUGAAUCCAUGUCCACUGAAUGUUUGCUGCAAUAUUUGGGGCCAAUGCGGUAUCACAAAGGACUUUUGCGUGAAGAAUCUCGCGGAGACGGGAGCUCCAGGCACGAGCAAGACUCAAAACGGCUGUGUCGCCAGCUGUGGACUUGAUGUUGUGAACAACGACGACCCUCCUGCGAAAUGGGCUCAUGUAGCCUAUUAUGAAGCGUUUAAUAAGGACCGCCCGUGUCUUCACAUGGACGUGACUGAUAUCGACACGACUAAGUUCACGCAUAUCCACUUUGCCUUUGCCAAUAUCACGGAGGACUUCCAGGUCGAUGUCAGUGAUAGCAAAGAGCAAUUUGACAAGAUGAAGGGCAUGUCUGGCAUCAGACGUAUUGUCUCCUUUGGAGGCUGGGCCUUUUCUACUGCGGCUCCAACCUACACGAUCUUCCGCGAUGGAGUCACCGAGGAGCAACGGGAAGAGUUUGCCAAUGCCGUUGUUGCAUUCGUCAAAGACAACAAACUAGAUGGUGUGGAUUUUGACUGGGAAUAUCCUGCUGCUCCUGAUAUUCCUGGGGUCCCCGCUGGUGAUAAAAAAGAUGGUCAACGCUAUCUGGAGUUUUUAAAGGUUGUCAAGUCUCGUCUGCCGAAUCAAAGUGUCUCCAUCGCGGCCCCAGCCUCUUACUGGUAUCUCCGCGGGUAUCCUAUUAAGGAAAUCAGUGAAGUUGUUGACUAUAUCAUCUAUAUGACAUACGAUCUGCACGGACAAUGGGACUAUGGAAAGGAGUGGACGACGCCUGGUUGCACUGAGGGAAACUGCUUGAGAUCUCAUGUCAAUCUCACGGAGACAACUGAAUCCCUGGCUAUGAUCACCAAAGCGGGCGUUUCCUCCAAGAAAAUCUUUGCAGGUAUUGCUAGCUACGGUCGAAGCUUCCAUAUGUCUGAUGCUGGGUGCACUGGCCCUGAUUGCCAUUAUACGGGCACUGGGGAGGUAUCAGAUGCCGCCAAAGGCGAAUGUACCGAUACUGGUGGAUAUAUUGCCUCUGCUGAAAUUCGAGACAUCAUCCGUCAAGGACAGCUGAGCAAGCGCAAGGUUGAUACAUGGCAUGAUAAAGCGUCCAACUCGGAUAUUGUUGUCUACGAUGAUGUUGAAUGGAUUGCCUGGCUUGCUGACAAGACCAAGGCCAGUCGGAUUGAAUACUAUAAGAAGCUAAACCUCGGAGGUGUCUCGGAUUGGGCCGUUGAUCUGGACGGUGGUGGUGGUCUGAUCCAAUACAAAUCGCCAGAUAAUGCCACAGUGAUCCCAUUCCCCGCCACGACCCCAGCUCCAACCGAGACGUUCACCAUUGGAGGUCCUGUUGUCUCGCAAAUCCAAAGUCUUAAAAAUAAUGGCGAUCAGAACCAGCCUAAGGGUCCUGGUGCUGAAGAGUGCGAAACCUGUGACCUGGCUCGAGUGAUCACUUCGACCUGUUGUGGUAUCCGUGGCGGCGUUCAGAAUCCCCUCGAGAUCUCACCCAACAUACCUUUGCCUCGUGGCCUCAUUCUACCCACGGGAUUCCGCCCUAACCAACAAAUUGUUGAUGCGACCAGUGCUACUUGGGGCGCUGGUAGUACGUUACCUUGGGAGAUUGUCAUUCCCAUGGGCUACGAAUUCCCAUUCCCAUUCGAGAUUCCCCCAGGCUUGGGACUAAGUGAUACCUCAUCUGGCAUCUAUGCCGACAAUGACGAUGACCGCACUAAUGGUGUGCUUUACAUCGACGAUGACUUCUGGGAUGGUCCUCAUACCGUCUCUUGCUCAUAUCCCUGCACUCUUCUUUUCCCGCCUAUCACGACUACAACUACCUGGACACCUUCUACAUUCGUGACAACGUCAGGCUCUGAGUCAGCGACUAUCACCCCACCUGUUCAGACCACCGAGAAGAUUCGUAUUUACAAGCACACCGUGACUAGCGAUAAGAAUUCUGAACCAACGAAAAUCAUUGGACCUGUGCCUGCACCAGACCCUCUCUGCGUCGAAAUCACGGUCCCUGUCCUAGGCACCAUCCGAUUUGGCCUCUGCCCGCCACAGAUAAAGCCUUAUCCUCCCAGUAUUCCCAAGGUGACGGUGAAGCCCGUGCCGCCAGGUAAGAAGCCGGGCCCUAUAAACCCCGACAACAAGCCCUCGAAGGAUCAAAAAGAGGAAGAGGAGGAAGAAGAUGAAGAUCGCGACGAGGAAGAGGGCGCCACUUGCAUCCUGCUUCCUCCCACAGAGGGUGGUGAUAUUCAAGGACCCGGCUCUGGACUUAUCAAUGAUGAGCCUGAUAUCCCCUCCUACGGAGACACCGAUGACGGCCAAGACAACCGCCCCACCAACGCAGGUACUGGCUCCCCAACCACCGGCACUGUCAGCUACACCAUUACAAACAAACCCAUCGUGCCAACAGUCACGGAAACAGUGGUGAUUACAGUACCCGCGCCAGCACCCACACCCCCAGUAGACGAGCCAGAACCGGAACCGGAACCACCUAACCCCAACCCCGACACAGAGGAGAAAACUUGUUACGGCUACCCGAACCGUGAAGUCUACGGUGGCACUGUUCAGGACGCUUUGGAUGGGUUCUGUGAAUGGGCCGAUGGCAAAAAGAUCUCUGAGAACGACUUUCUACAAGUCAAGGCGCCAGGAGAUGUGCUCUCCAAUGUCAUUGUUGGCGUGGCCGGUAAAAACAAUUGUAAGUUUACCAUUGAGGAAAAGGAUUGCAAGAGAAUCUUGAAUAAGGUUGUCGGAUGCAAGGCCUAUAGUGCCAGUCUACUUCGUAUCGGUGGCGAGGUGGAGAGCAACUGUGCUGUGUGGACUCUGGAUCCCAUUGAGAAUUUGAUGGGUGAUUGUAUGGAUAUUCCGGUCUUGAAGCAGUGGUGCCAGUUAGUGCAAUUCUUUGCUGGUGGUUGA